AGCCUUUGCCAAAUGGUGAUGUUUAUACUACUAGAUUUAUUUCAAUUUGUAAACAGUUCGAUUUUUUCUUUUGAUAUCUCACCAAAACGUAUGUAAAGGAAGGGGGUAUUUUAUGUUUAAUAGCCUCAGUUCAACCUGAAUAAUUGGACGUAGGCUCGAUCGUGGUGAAAAGAGACAAUGACGAGAUUUGCUGCCGUUUUGAGAACGAACAUGACAUCGGACAGGUGUCCAGAAAACUUUUUAAAAUCGUUCUCGGAGUAUCUUUCCAAAAGGUUUGACAUUUGUAAAGAGAAUGUUAUUCUUGAACUACAUACAAAUGUGACAUUGCUCCGUGGUGGUAGUUUCGACAAGGCGAUAAAUAUCGAUAUACACCAUAACUCGGAGAAAGUUAACAAAUCUACCAAAAAAUGUGUUGCAGAGGACAUUGCAGAUUUCAUUUACCAAGAAUUGGACAUUUCAAAAGACAGGGUGCUUGUUUUAUUCUUCGAUACCAGAAGGUGCACGUAAGGGGAAUAACCACGGAUAAACAUUUCGAAAGCGUCAGGAACAUUUAUCUCCCUUUAAUAAUAAUGAU